CGUUUCUAGUCAGGAAGAAGUAGAAAAAUAGUAAACUCGACUCAAAAACAUUGCUGGAAAAUGGCGAUAAAAUCAAAAACAGGAAUUUGUGCAAUUGCUUUAACAACAGUUGCAUCUAUAUUUGUAGUUAUAUCAUUUUGUACACCCUACUGGCUAGUAAAUGAUGGAAAAAUUGAAGAUCCCAAAUUUCUACGCAUCGGGCUUUGGGAAGUUUGCUUCAGAAACUUUGAAGAUUUCAGACAUCAAUAUGACUAUCGAUUUACAGGAUGCUGGUGGGUGUUUGAAGAAGAAUAUUACAUAAUAUUUGAUUUCCUCUUACCAGGAUUCUUUAUAGCAACACAAUUCUUUUUCACCCUUUGUCAGACUCUAGUGUUGGUAGGUGCCUUCUUAACAUGGAUGUACUGUUUUUGCAGCAGAGAUCAUGACAAAUACUUGCUUCUCUUACUCAGUAAUGGUUCCAUACUUGCCUUAGGUGGAAUUUUUGGUUUUAUCUCCGUUUGUAUUUUUGGGGCAAAUGGGGACAAUAGAGACUGGAUGCCUCACUGGCAGCACAAUGACUUAAGUUGGUCCUUUGCUUUUGCUUGUGUUGGAUCACUUUUGUUAAUUCCAGCAGGUGCCUUAUUUUUAGUAGAAGGUAAAAGAGCCAGAUAUAGGAGAUUUGGUGGUAGAACAGAACAUAAUCCGCCAGCUCAAUACACAAUGGAACCUCAUCAGAAACCGUCUGCUCCACAUCAUACUGAUAUUUAAAUAAUAUUAAAAAGAUUAGCAACUUUCUUAUUAGGUAUAAUUUCAAGCUUCUUUAUAGUUACACGAAAAAUGGUUGCAUAAUAAUAUAUCUUAUUUAAAUUAUGGUCUAGCAUUUUUGUUUUCAAUUUGCUAAAUCAAUAUUUUAAAUUUCUUUCUUUAUAUAAUAUGCAUUAUUGGAUAAUUGUGUAAUGUAUACAUUAUUAAAUGGAAUAAUUAAUUACUUACUAAUUACUUUUGUCUGCAUGAUGUACAAAAGUUAUAAAAGAUUACUACAGCAUGGUGUUAUAAAAGGAGGUGGAAGUUAAGUAGAUUUCAAAAAAAAAUUUAAUAAGUUCAAAGAUUUAAUUUUUUUAUUCUUUUUGUAUAGCACUAAUUGUACUAUAGCAAAUAUUAAAAAUGUAUUUUUCCUGAAAGUUGUUCUUAACAAAUAAUACAUAUAGGAUUGUGACAUUGUUUUAUUUUGAUAUUGAAUUUUAAUUUUUAUUGAAAAAUUAAUAUUUUGCUAUAAUAUAAUCAAAUCUUUACAAAAAUUGAUAUUUAUUCUUAACAAACUAAUACAUUAUUAAACUAUCUUAUUAUUGAGAGCUUGAAAAGCUUUCUCCAGUAGCUUCAAGUAAGCUCCACUUUCCCAACACCUCAUCUUGUCAACUGCAUUUAAGUUUUAAAUUAAUUUAGUUUAAAUUAUAUUAAACGACACAAAAUUAACACAUCUACAUAAAAAUCAUUAGUAAUGUUAUUCUUAUUACUUUUAAGUAAAACUUAGUAUAUAAACAUACAAAUAAUAUGAAAUAUUUUUGUGAGCCAUUUAUCAUUUAAGAAUAAAAGUAGCUAUGCUUUUUCUCAUGAGGAUCUUUCAGUGCGUCACAGUUUUUCGAUUUCUUUCUAACGCAUUAAAUUGUAUUUGACAGAAAAAAACGCACGUCGGUGAUUAUAUUUCGUCGGUGACAUUUAUAACAUUUAUUCAAGUUGUCAAUACAUGUCGCUAUAAUCGAAAAUAAAAUCAUUUGCGAAUUAUAUAAUAUAUCUACGAAUAUAAUCUGAAUAAUUUAAAAGACUAUACAAAUCAAAGAAAAUACCAUUUUUUAAAUGCAAUAAACAAAAUUGAUUUGUUUUUAUGCCAAAUUGCAAAUAAAAUUUGACAACUGUCAGAUUUAACUAAAAUGUCAUGUCACUAAAAUGUAUAUUAUCACGGACUUACCUUUUUUUCUAUCAUUUGUGACGCACUGAAAAAUGCUCAUGAAAAGAAGCAUAUACACAUGACAUGUGUGAUAUAUUUUGAUGUUAUUGAUAUACAGAUGGUAAAAGUUUAAAAUAUAAAUUAAAAAUUUGUUAUGGAUUCAAAACUCUAUAAUCUCUUUUUUAUUUUAUUUAAUUUUUGAACUAUUUAAUCAGUAGCGCAUUGCCAAAUCUUCUUCAGUCUGUUUACAUCCACUCCUGGACAAAAGCCUCCCCCAUGAAGAGUUCUCUACUCUUUUCUGUUUUGUGCUAUUUAGUGCCAGUUUCUUCUCACUUUUGCUUUGAUGUCGACUAGCCACUGUUUUUGUGAGUCUUCCUCUACUACGACUGUGAUCUCCAAUGUACAAUGUUUCUCAUCCAUCUUUCGUUGUUUUGCCUUGCCACCUGUCAUACCCAGUUCGAUUUCAAUUGAGCAAUUCUUCCAAUUACAUCUUCUAUUUACGUCUUCUACCUUCGUCCUGCUUCACAAGUACUCAUUUCGUAAAUGUUGUCUCAGAGAAACUCCUAACAUAGCCUGUUUGAUGGCCCUCUGUAAGUGUAAUAGUCUCAAUUUCAUAGGUCACAAUCGGUAGAAUACAACUAUUCAGAAUACCCAUUUCUUUAGAUUUAUUGGUAUCUUUUUGUUUUUCAACAUAACACAACAACAAUAUUUUUUAAGUUCUUGUUUAUAUUAUUUAAAAAAGUAACAUUUUAUCAGGCCAAUAUAAAAUCCUUCUUAUAGUAGAUAUUUGCUUCUAAACAAUAAUUUGUAACUACUUAAUAUUUCUACACUCGAAUGUUGAAGACACAUGCAAAAACAACAUUUCAUGUAUCUGAGAGAAUCUCCAUUGAUUAAACAGUACAGUGUUAUAAUAUAUUAGUUACUAAUCCGUUUUAUCAAAAAAAAUUUUUCAUUGAUCGUUGUGAAUGGUCUACAAGGAAGCUUAAAAAAUAGAAUGGCAGCUCGUAUCAGCAAUAAUUCCUUAAUCAUCGCUACAUCAUUAUACUUUUGCAAUAAUUAAAAAAAUCAAAAACCAGAAACUUAACUGAAUUAUAUAUUCUAGGUAGAGAUACUAGAUUAAUUAUGAGAAACGAUGCUGGAAAACAACGAAUAAUAAAGACUGGAAUUGUCAAUAUUAAAUAUUUAAUAAAAAAUGACCUGAUAAAAUUAAUUUAAGAACAAGUUUAACACCGUAUUAUUGAAUCAACCAAGAUUCUACCAAAUAUAUGAACUAUUAAACAUUUAAAACAUACCUGCCACAUGAAUUAUAAAAAUGUUACAUAGUCGCAGUCUUUUGUUUAGCAAAUAUCACCAACACUAUCCAUUUUAACUUUAUAAACAGUUAUUACUAUUUUAUCAAAAAAUGAACAGAUCAUUUUGAAUAUAAAGAAAUAGCGUGUUCUUUAGCCAGUGGCUUAAAAAUACAGAGGCAAUGUUGCCACUAACUGUAAUAGUGCACCAUUGUUUGAAUUGUUCAAAAUUACUUUCUCAAUGUCAAAUUUUUAUUGCUAUAAAUAACAUAGUGUUCACCAAUUUUGAAAAAAAUAUCCAUGUGUUAUGAUUUCUUAAUAAUAAAUUUUUAAUUUCGAUUUUAAACUUUUAAUUCCCUGUAUAUCAAUAAAGACAAAACUUAGAAUGCAUGCUUAUAGAACUUAUAUUUCUUAAAAUUAAAUGACGAUUUUCCUACAAAAAUAUUUCAGAUUACUUUGGAAACACCCUGUAUUUAUUUUUUAUAAACGCAAUAGGUGGGAAUGCACUGAUUAAAAAAUGAAGCUUGUCAUUUAUUCCAUAUUGAAUGACUGGUUAGUUAGUUAAAAAGAGUUAUACCGUUAAAAAAUUAAUUACUUAGAAUUACUAACAAAAUUCCCAAUUUUUAAGAACAAAAUUGUUAAUUUGCAAUUCAUUAUUUUUAAUUUUAACUAUGUUCGAUUUAAUUCCUUAAUUUAAUUGAUAUUAAAGUGCAUACUUAAAAACAAUACAAAAGUUUCAUAGGUUGAAAAAACCAUAAUUUAGUAUGUUUUUGCAGUGCUUGUAGUUAAGCCAUCAGAACUGUUUAUUUAAUAAAAUUCCUACUUAUUUUCAUGAGAUAUCUUUAUGCUGUCAAAUAUUUUUAUUUACUAGCUCAUAUUACUGUACAAAUAGUCUGAAUGGUUCUGUUUUCAUGUAUUUGUCAUAUUUUUUAACAUAUAUUUACAAUUACGAGAUAUACAUGCAAAAUAAAGUAAAGAUAAUAACAGUCAGCAAGCUGAUUUCCAACUGUACAUCCAGGUUUUUGAUUGCUAGAUCCACAGAUUUAUUUUAGUGAAUAUCGGCAAUGUUUGUUCAAAUCAAGACUAUCACACUUAUCUAAUAUACGUCUCAAGUUUUUAUAUUUUUUAUAUGUAAACCUAACAGAUUUGACAUAUGUAAUGGUCGCAACUACAUGUGAAGAGGAAUGUAGCAGUGGUAGUAUGAGGCUAUAAGUUACCGAUCAUAAUGGGGUUCGGACAAAUAAUUCCCGGACAAAAAAUCCCCACAAAUUAUCCCUGGACAAAAAAUUCCCACAAAUUUUUUUGGACAAAAUAUCCCCACAAAAAAUCUCUAAGAAAUAUUUGCUGUCGAAUAGUUCUCUAAAAGUUUUCCCGUGAAUGCAAUCGACUCAAAUGUUUUUCAGCCUCAGUGCAUGAGAGUUAUUCGCGGUGUGCAAGUACUCUGAAGGGAUACGCGAAACGAUCGUGCGCGAAUAGCGGAGAAAUAUUGCAACUUUCUUAAAUAAUUCAUAUUGUCAAUUGAAAUUGUCAAAUUGACGUACAGCUGGUUCCUAAAAAAACUGAUACGACUCUUAGUAAGAUUUGAUUAUUUUGAGCAGUGUAUUUGAUUGGUCUGACAUUAUAUUAUAUUUAUUAUCACAGACUGUCAAAGUCAGUUAAAAUAAAUAAACAAACAACUGAUUACAUAUUUAUGUUAAUAAAUUGUAAUAAUUAUUAAGGUCUAAAUUUUAUAUUAUUUUGAAUUUCUGCAUUUUAUAAAGAGAAUAUAAAUGAUAGUUUUUACAUAAAAUAGGGUUGUUGUUAUCAUUUUUAUUAUUAUUAAAGAAUAAAACAAACGACUUAACUCAACAAUAUAUUAAAGCAAGAAUUGUAACCAAAUUAAAAGAUAACUGGGCACUAUCAGAGGCAACAAAACAUUUUAACAUAAGCAGAACCACAGUUUUUCUAUUAAUAAAAAAUGGAGGGAACAAGAAACUCUCGAAAGAAAGGAGUGUCUGGAAGACCAAAACUAUACUAAAUUUAGGUAUGUAAAAAUAAAAUUAAUAUUUUGUAAUAUCUCUAUCAGCAGUGAUAACAGCUUGUAGUCUUCGGUGCAUCUGCGUGAAAGGAACUAUGAAAUUGUCUUCUUCAGAGAGCUCUUCCCAAACCUUGCUUUCUUUCGAGAGUUUCUUCUUCUCUCCAUCUUUUAUUAGUAUUAAAAACGGUUGUUCUGCUUACGUUAAAAUGGUUCGCUACGGCAGAUAGUCACCAACCAUCUUCUAAUUUCGUUACAAUUCUUGAUUUUAGUUCUUUGCCAGCAUGUAGAGCCAUAUUUUGAGGUUGAACAGAAUAAGUUAUCUGACAAAUUUUAAGAUUUGGCAGUGACAUUGACAGUAUGUAAAUAAUAAGUAUUUAUCCUUCAAAAUACACUGCUCAAUUUUCUAUAAAAUAAGCUUUAAGAGUCGUAUCAGUUUUUUUUGGAACCAACUGUACAUUUCAUACUUAUUGUCAUUUAAGAAGAAUAAUUAUAUAUUGCUUCACAAUAAUGAUAUGAUAUGCAAUUAUUAUAUAAAGGUAAAUUUAAUUAAUUGUAUUUUGCUUGCAGUACUGCAUUUUAAUAACUAAUUUUAUUUACUACAUACAAUUGUUUACGUUUUAAUAACAUAACCUAAAUCUUAUUUUUUCUUCUUAUUAUUUUUUUUGGACUAUGGCCUUGACAAUUAUCCAGUAACCAGGACCAUAUAAUUGGCCAAUAUAAUGAAAAGUGCGAAUCGAAAGUGCAGAGCGAAGAAACCAGGUGUCGCUUUUCCGAACUUGCACCGUCCCAAUAGCACAUUAUAGCAAUCGCCAUGAAACCGCUUUUCGGCAUGAAAAUAAUGAUAAGCAAUUAAGAUUAAGCAUGAAUUGUAAUUUCGAUUACCAAAUGUCGAAUUCCAAUUCCAACUCCAUGCCGAAAACUUUACAUUUUACAUGACAAGUGUGUGAGUUUUUUCAAAAAUCGUGGAAGAUAUGGGGAAUGAGCUAAGGCUGUGGGAAUCAUGUUGUAAUUAUUCCCUUAAGUCUUUUGCUCACUCUGCUUUGAAUAACUCUGUUCAAAACAUUGCCUAUUCGUGAUGAUAACUGCUGGUCUUGAAAACGAAAAUCUUAAUUGUAAUGCAAAAAAACCUGUUCCGUAUUGUGAAUUUAACGUCAAAAAUAUUUAGUCAUCAUCAUCAUCAAUGGUGUUACAAUUCUUUCCGAGUCAUUGUCGCGUUUACUAUUGCCUUCCAUGUUUGUCGGUCCUGUGCUCCUGUGCAAGCAACAUGAGAGAGCAGACAUAUCUGUAUAAGAUUUUGAUGUAUCAAAACAAUUGAAAUUUCCACUAAUUUCAAUGCCAAUCCCAGAACCACGCAUUGCGAGAAAAGUUAUACAAAGUUUUUCGAAUAUUUUGAAUUUUUUGGUGCUUUUGGGAACAAAUUUAUGGGCAUUACUAUUCGAGAUCCGGCUUUAAAAAAAACGUAAUUUUUGUCCGGAAUUUUUUGUGGGGAUUUUUUGUCCGUGGAUUUGAUCCAGUGAUAAUUUGUGAGGAUUUUUUGUCCGGGAUUAUUUUUGUCCUAGCUUCACAAUCGGAGAUAAACUGUUUGUUUCCUAUAUUUGUGUACACUUAGUGAUACACAACACAUAAGUAGAGGAGAAGCCUAUACUCAAUAUUGCGUAUGAAUAGCACAUGUUUAUUCAAUUAGUUUUAAUUAUGUUUUAGAGAUUUUUAUUUAGUUGGUCAAAAUCGUAUAAAUUUUUCAAUUUAAAUAUUGUCAGUGAAUCUCUAUCUAUUUUAAGUACAUAUUAUAUACAAUUUGGGACACAACAUAAAUGUUUAAAAAUGUCCACAUAUUAAUUUCAAAAAUAUGACAGCUGAUAAUACAAUUUCUAAGAACUAUUGAACCAGUAGUGUUUUUCACAAUAAUGCAUUUUAUGUGAUGACACAGUACUAGCCAUAACUAUUAUAAAUAACUGACAAAACUGUAAAAAUAACAGUUGAGAUGCAGAUUAAUUAUCACUUUUAAGUUUUUAACACUUAUCACUUUUUUAUUUAUUAAAUAACACUUUUUUAUCAUUUGAAUACAAGAGUGUAUUAUUAAUAACAUACCUAUAUUUCAAAGUGCGAAUUUGGUAAAUUUUUCUAGUCCUUAGCCACUAUGAUUUGAUAGAUGUAACUCUUGUGUACGGAUGGAUAUUUUUUGUAAAUGUUAUUUAUUACUAGUUUUAUAAGAAAACAUCGUUAUGAGUAACUUCUAAAUCUUACAGAGCAUCGUCGAAAAUACAUUUAUCUGAAUAAUAUAUAGUGUAGAUGUGAAUAAUAUAUACCAAUUUAGUACCAAGAAGAAAACAUUGCAAAACUACAAUGAUAUCUGUUAGUUAAAGGUUUCCUGUUUUAUAUGUUAGUUUAGUGCAAUGGGAUAUAAGGAUUUCGCCAUAUUUUGGAUUUUAGUCAGAUCAGAAAAGGUCAUUUAUUAUCUAUUGAUUAUUUAAAGUGCAUUCUAAAUAUAAUUAAGUACAGUGUAAACUUUUUAUUCGAAUAGCCAGCAAUAGUUUUUAACGUAAUAAUUUGCAAAAUAUGCAUUUGAUAAAAAAGAGUUUGGUAAUCAAAUCGUAGUGGUUAAAUAUUAUGAAUAUGUAUAUGUACGCCCUUACUUAUGAACUAUUUAAACCUGAACCAUUUCUUGUAAUACAGUAGUACAGCUAAAAAUAUAAAAAAACUGUUUUUUCAACUUGAGACUCGAUAAAUUCUUUAGAUAUAACUAUUAUAUUAUAGAAACUCUAAUUGUGCAGCUACAUAAUGAACAAAUGUAUUUACAAAAAUUGUUAUUUGUUACUUACUCCAAAUAGUACAAUUUUAUAUUUCCAAUAGAAUUUUGCUGUAAUAUUUGCCAUUUACUCAACAUAGUAAUUAAGGAAAUAGUAAAAGUCACAUUAAAUAAAACUACAGUAAAUUUUGGAUUCUUUGAUACUGUGCACUGGACUGAUAGUCCUGAUAGUAGCACGUUCAAAUGGAACAUUAAUAUUGUAUGAGAUAUUGAGGUUGAAGAUAAACCAUGUAGCGUUUAUCAGAAUUGAAAGUUUAUUGAAGUAAACAAUUUGUAAACAUACUCAAUAUUCAAUUGAAUUAUCGAUUGCUGUAUUGAAAAUUCCUAAUACAGUGCCUUUAGACGUUGUGAUCGGUAUGUUUUAAAAUAAAAAAAAAUGGUUACAUUUUAGCAACAACCAUGAACAAUUGAAAGUUUCUAUGAAAGAUAUGACUAUAAUAAAGUUUAUUAUUGUACUAUUUGGAAGACAAUUAUUAUUAGACGCUUUAAACGAAUCUCUAAAAGGAAUCUCUAUACUUGUAUUUUACACGUAGGUUUACUUUUAUAUGUACGAUAAAGAUUUGUAUUAUAUUUUGGGGAAGUAUUUGUAAGAUGUAAUUUUUGUAUUUUGUGGACAUUCUAAAACAUAGCCUUCCGUCCAUUUUUAAAUAUACAAUUUAUUAUAAAGUAUUAUUUUUAUUUUUGUUCACAUACAGAGUGAAGUAUAUUCUGUUUUUAAAACAGACACGAAUUGUUAAUUUUUGUACAAAAUAAAGUAUUUUUUAUAUUUGAAA